AGAGAGAGUUUGAGACGAACAAAAUCCAAACACAGAGGCAUCACUCGCAUGAUCGAAUUGUCGCCCAGAAAAGAAACACAAAAAUCCAAUCCAAGCGAGAGAGCAACGCAACGCAGUUUGACAUAAACCCCCUUCCUCUCCAUUUCUCUCUCCCUCGACCGCGACUGCGAGGGCAAGAGCACGGCGCCCGUUCCCCUCCCCCUCCCUCCCCGCCGAUGGACGCGCCCCCUCCCCCUUCUCCGCCGCCGCCCGCCGCCGCCGGGGGCUACGCGGCCCGCUUCUCCCCCACGGGCUUCAUCCACGCGCCGCUCGCCGCGCUGUUCGAGUACUCCUCGGGCGUCCUCCGCGCCCAGGCCAACAACAACGGCCCCCAGCGCGGGGAGCCCGCCGACGGGGAGGUCUCGAUUCGGAUCGUCGGGCCCGACGGCGAGCCGGCGCCGCCCCGCGCCCCUGGGGACGCGCCCGUCGACGAGGAGGCGCCAGCGGCGCGCGGGGACGAGGCUGCCGCGGGCAGGGCCGACCCGCCCUACGGCGGCUACGACGUGCAGCGGGCCGCCAGGUGGGUCGAGCACGCGCUGCCCUUCUCCCUGCUCCUCCUCGGCGUCUUCAUCCGCCAGCACCUGCAAGGUUUCUUCGUCAUGAUUUGGAUUGCCGCCGUCAUGUUCAAGUCCAACGAUAUCCUGCGCAAGCAGACUGCCCUCAAGGGGGAGAGAAAAAUGGCAAUGCUUGUUGUGAUUAUAAUAGCAUUCAUUAUCCACGUGUUUGGAGUCUACUUUUGGUACAGGAAUGAUGAUCUUGUUAGACCUCUGGUGUUGCUUCCUCCAAAAGAAAUACCACCAUUUUGGCAUGCUAUAUUUUUCAUCGCUGUGAAUGACACAAUGGUGCGGCAAGCUGCUAUGGUGGUCAAGUGUGUGCUGCUCAUGUACUACAGAAACAGCAAAGGUCGCCACUAUCGUAGACAGGGUCAAAUGUUGACAGUUGUGGAAUAUUCCUUACUUCUGUACCGUGCGUUAUUACCGGCUCCUGUGUGGUAUAGGUUUUUUCUGAACAAGGAAUAUGGAGGUCUUUUUUCAUCUCUAACAACUGGAUUGUACCUUACUUUCAAGGUGGCAUCAAUGGUAGAAAAGGUUCGGUCACUUUUGGCUUCGGUGAGUGCCCUGUCUCAGAAGGACUUGCAUUAUGGUUUGCAUGCAACAACUGAACAGGUUCUUGCUGCUGGAGAUCUGUGUGCUAUAUGCCAAGAAAAGAUGCAUGCUCCCAUCCUCCUGCAGUGUAAACAUAUCUUUUGCGAAGACUGUGCCUCUGAAUGGUUGGAGCGGGAGCGGACAUGCCCGUUGUGCAGGGCGCUGGUCAAGCCAGGAGAUAUCCGAUCAUUCAGCGAUGGUUCAACGACCCUCUUCUUUCAGCUGUUCUAGAAAACCAACGAGAAUCGCUAACCUUCGGCCUGCAGAUGUUGGAUCGCCCUCCUUACUCUCCAUCAGCCUGCGGUGUGCUGAAACUGCUUUCUGUCCAGGUCUUUUUCUGCAAUUCGGUGACAAGUAGGUAAUGUGGAUGUGCAUAUUACUCCCUGUAUAGGGCCUUGCGGGAUUCUCCAUCACAAGAAAAUGGAGAGGAUAUUACAAAAUAACUGAAUCUAUAGAGACGAGCUUCCAUAGCAUGUGGCUGGGCGGGUGCUGCCACGUCUGCGAAGUUCAGAAUUGACCUUAAUACAGGAUUACAAGUAACUCCUGAGAUGAACAUAUCUUUCUGUUUUCUGAUAGUUGAUACCAUGCAGUGUUUUCUGCCUAAUAGAAUCUCUCGCGAUGCUACAAAUU